UCCCUAUUUAAUUUUGGGUGAGAUUUGAAUUAUUCUGAAUGGGACAUAUCUAAAAUCUUUUGUUUUCCUUCGAUUAAAGAUAAAAUAAAAAGGAGAAAGGGAUUGAAUUCUCCACUUUUAGUUGAAGCUACCGUCCGGCGUCCCUCAUUCCGAUCAAUCCCCUCCAAGCUGAGCUAAUGGAGCUUACACCUCUACAACUGUCGGUCUACAAUGGCACCGACCCAACAAAGCCCAUCUAUGUUGCUUUGAAGGGCCAAAUCUACAACGUCACAUCAGGUCGUUCUUUCUACGGCUCCGGUGGUCCUUACGCCAUGUUCGCCGGCAAGGACGCGAGCAGAGCUCUGGCCAAGAUGACCAAGAAUGAGGAAGAUAUCACCUCUUCACUCGAAGGCCUCUCUGAGAAAGAGAUCGGUGUUCUCAACGACUGGGAGAACAAAUUUCAAGCUAAGUACCCUAUUGUUGGCCGUGUUGUUUCUUAAACAUGCAAGUUUACGAGUUUCGCUGUGUGGGUGUUUGUUGACUCAUCGUAGUUUUCAGAAGUAUUAAAUGAAUAAUUGUUCAACUCUGAAUAUGGGGUUGCUGAAAUGACUGUAAAGUUUGUUGUGCUUGGUUUAAUAAGGGUCUUCAAUGGCGGAUUGGUAUCAGUCUGAACUGCUUGGUGAAAUAAGAACUUGCUUAUUUAUUUCAGCGUUGUUUAAUAUCAAUUAUCAUAUAAUUUCUUAUGGUUUGGAGU